CCCAUUCUAGCCACGUUAGUAAAAUCAAGAGCGAGCGGCUGAGAGAACAGCUGGUUGUUUUUACGGCAGCGCGACGUACUACGCCUGUGCGCCACGUGGGGACUGUUUUGCAAUAUUUGCAAGUUGCAGUCUGCAGACGGAAGUCUACGAAGCCGACGCAUAUAUAUAACUCUCGCCAUAACUUGCGCUUCAGUCAAGGACGCCGAGUUCGUUAUUUUGCGCCGAGUGCGCCGUCACAGCUCGUUUGCUGCAGACGUAUCAAUACGAUCGUGUUGAAAACUGCACACGCUGUAACCUGCGGCGGCGACUUGCGUUCACGUGGAAACUCGGCACUUUCGUCUCUGAAAGGAUUCAUCGGUCAAAAAACGCCCAGGAAUCUACUGCAGCGGCUGGCCUAAGUCAUUUUCUUGCGCAUGUUUCACCGCCGGCCAUGUCGGGUUUCUACACCAAGAAGUGCAUCGACGAUGUGAUAGAUAAGUCGGAAGGAGCACUUCCUUACAAGUUGCAGCUGAUUGCGGAAGAGCAACUCGGAGAGACGCCGGCCCGAAGGAAAGAUACAUUGGAAAGACUGGCGCAACUCUUGGAAGAAGAAGAGGAGCUAAACGCCAGGAAAGAUGGCCGGUUCCUAUUGCGCUUCCUGCGAGUCCGGAAGUACGACGUGGAGGCGGCUCUGCGCAGUGUGCGGAACUACUAUCGAAUGCGGGAAGUCAGCGGGCCCAUCUUCCGAAAUUUCCUGCCGUCCAAAAUGUCGCCGGCGACGCGCAAGCUCGUCAUGACUCUUCCCGGAAAAGACGUUCACGGACGCUGCAUCAUUCUUUUCAAGAUUGGAGCGUGGGUUCCAGCUGAAUCUUCAUACAUCGAGGCUCACCGUGCUGUCGUGCUCUCAUUGGAACACUUAGUCAGGGACCCAGCAACGCAAACGCUUGGCGUAGUCAUGAUGUUUGACUAUGCUGGCCUGACGGUAGACAAUGUGCUCGCCUGCAACGUCGGCCUCAUGAGGCAGGGAUUCGAAUACUUGCAAGAGUGUGUACCCAUUCGGUUGAAGGCAAUGUAUGUCGUGAGACACGGCGCAGCCUUCGACAUGUUCUUCGCUAUCAUCAAGCCCUUCAUGAAGGCGAAGAUUAUUCAACGGAUCCGCCUUUACGGAGAAAAGUUCGACGAGCUGCACAGGGAGAUAUCGCCUGAUAACCUACCAGAGGAGUACGGGGGUCGGGCGCCUCCUCUGGACUUUGAGGGCUACUGGAAAGGCCUGGAUAAAUGCGAGGAGGAUUAUCGGCUCGAUAACAGCUACGGCUACAUUAGAACCACCAGAGGAAACUUCGCAACGGAAGCAGAGAUGGAGGAAGCGGUGACGUUUUUGUGAACAAUAAAAAGAAAAUAACUUAGAUAAGCAGUACUAUGCUGACCGCAACCGUUUGACCACUGUAUUCCUAUAGAUAAAUGAGAAAGAUUUUAUGAGCAUCCCCUUUUAAACGGGGUAGUGAUAUGUGCCACAUUGAAAACUUCGUUUGUAUAGUAAUGCCGCGUUCAGAUUUUUGCUUUCAUAUCCAUGCAUCGGUCGUGCUAACAAACCAUUUAAUCGCAAAGGAUUUCUUUUCCUAAAUAGUGUUCUCAAUCAGUGUGUUUCUUAGCUUUACGACACCCGUCCUUUAAGCACAUUUUCUACUCCCUCCAGCAGAUACAAACGCAUUUCACCUACCAGGUUUUAAAGCUUAAGGCCUCGGAUUGGUUUACGACGUUCCGAUUUACGUUUGGGUGGAUACUGCAACAUGACGGCAAAGCUCACUGACGUAUUCUGCUAUCGGGAACCGAGGGGUCGCAGCGGAGCGCCAGAACAAGAGGACCAGCGCAACAGGCUUUCAGAACGGACUAGCGCGUGCCGUGCUUGCACGGCUAGCACGCGCCGCCCAACUUUGUUCUCAUCGUCAUUCGCAGCCGGCCCCAAGGCGCCGGCCGAGCGCACCGACCUUAGCGUCCCCGCUUAGCAGCGUCGGUGGGCGCUACAGUGCUAUUUCCCAAAGCUAUGCAUGGGCAAAUUUUCUCCUGUAGGCGUAUCGCUCACAUCCAACCCGAUAUAUGGCUUCGAUCAGCAGGACACUUCCGUUUGAAUAAAUCAGAAAGCUUUUGUCAUUUGAUUUUAUUCUUUGCUGUUCGAUGUAAUUCCAUAGCUAUAGCUUCCUCUCCAUGACGCCUGUUCAGUAUGCCGCUUAUUUAUGACCCUAUAGUGUGCGACUCGAGGCGCAUUAUAUGACCAAUGAUUCUAGUACCUUCUCUCGGUGAUACCACGUGACGGUGAUUGGUAGAAAGGCAGACGAGAAUAAGAAUUACUCUCCGUGAAACGAAUAAAUAACUUGAGAUCGUGCGCUGUGUAAAACGUCACGCGCCCUUGCAUGGCAGCAACGUGUCUGACGCAUACAUUCUACACUCUACUACAAGUGUGGAUAUAAAGAGCGGAGGCGCCCAUUCGGCCUAGUACAUGUCAGAGCGGUCGACCUUCGCCACAGCGCAGAAUGAUUAUAUGGCAGUGUUUCUCCCUCUCUCCGGCGGCGCUUCAUGGCAACCCCGUAUCGAGGCCAAGGUUGCCACGUGCCGCCCUAAUCACUUUCUUUCGAGAGAUGCGAGCCGCGUUAAAGCAUUCUGUUUUUAUGCACAACAAUAGCUGUAACGUGAAAUGAGGCGUUCCCUCGUGCCGCACGCAGUCUGAUUUGACUGCUGCUAGAAGCGCUUCCGUCAACAAGCAUCGCAGGUCUCUCUAGCUUGAAGGACUGCGGUGCUUGUUUGACCGUGUCCGGCGUGUGGGUGGUUUCAAGGUCAAGUCUCUUCGCAUACGCUACAACGCACUAUAAUAUGCAGGGAAAUAACGUGAUAUCUUCCUUCUUUCUUCUUUAUUUCCUUCAUUCCUACUUUCCUGCCUCCUUGUUUCCUUUCUUUCUUCCUUGCCUCUUUACUUCAUUCUUCUCUUCAUUCCUUCUUUCAUGCCUUGCUUCUUUAUUACAUUCCUUCUUUCCUUCCUCGCUCCUUCCCCCCCCCCCCCUGCUUUCUUCCUUGAUUCUUCACUUCCUUCUUUAUUUCCUUCCUUCAUUCCUUCCUUUUUUCCAUGUUUCCUUCAUGUUGCUCUACAAUUUUCUCUUUGACACUUUUCACCUAAUUGUAAUAUUUGAGAAGUUGAUUAAUUAAUUAAAGGGGUCCUGAACCACCCCUCAGCCUUGGUGAAAAACAGUCCGCGGAUAGCAUAAGCUGCUGGGAACAUCUCAGCCAAGUUUUGCAGUCGUGCGCGGCGCGUGGAACUCAUAAGCGA